AUGAGUGAGCCGUUUCGGUUCUUCUCGCUGCCGUUUGAGUUGCGCGAGGUGAUCUGGGAGUUGGCUCUUCCUGACCAAGUCAUCGAGUUCGGAGAGCCGUGUGACCCCGACAUACCGGAGCGUGAUCUCAAACAUGCAUGGGUCAUCAGUCGCAAGUUGCCAACCAUUGCUCAUCUCUGCCAUGAGUCUCGCCAAAUUGCCAUGUGCCCUAUCAAGGUGCCAGAUGGUAUCGACCCUGAUUGCAUGAGGGACGAACGGGUGUGGUUUGAAAACGGCAAGACAAUUCACUUCAAUUCGCCAGACUGGGGGCAUAUGAAUAAUCUAUCACGGUUUAUGUUCAUGGAUAACUUGAUUGGAUCAUACGAGGCCGCUGAACUGAGUAAAAAUCUCUCGCUCAGUGCAGACCUCAUCCACCCAUUCCUCCCGUUCCAUGAACUUUGCGGUAUUGACGACACCGUGGUGUGGAACCUCUUUAUCAGAUUGAAGGGAUGCAUCAUUUCGCUUCACACGAUUUGUGUCAGAGCCACCAAGAAGCAGGCGAGGGAUACGGGCCUCUUUGGCCACGGCGCCGAGCCUGUACAGUUGCUCGAUCCCUUUGAUAUGGAGACUCUUCGGAAGUAUGAAACUCUUUGGUCUCAGUCGUAUGAAAAUCGCCUCGAUCCGGCUGCAAAGAAGUUCUGGGAGGCAGUCAACGAACCUAACACACGCAAAUUCACUUUCCGGAUUGAGAGGUGGCUUGCGGAGACGGAAGCCAUCUACCUCAAGACCACACGUCCUGAUGAGGCACCAUCAGGCCCCCCACUGCAAUCGGUGAUUGACAACCUUUCUCGUUAUCCUAGUGUCAGACACCAGGCUUGGGCACGGCAGUAUCUUGAGAACUUCCCUAAGCUGGACUUGCGUAUCAUGUUUCGACUGUGCCCACGGGGGGUCGGAAACGUGAUCACGUAA